UAGCUGCCCUUUGGCUGUCACCUGUGUCCAGAGCAGCCAGUGGAGGCUGGCUCAGUUCCCCCAAAGGUCUGGGCCCUCUUUGUCCUAUACAAAGAAAUGCCCCUGGGCCUCUGUUUUUUUCCUCUCCUAGGCUGGCAAAGCACACAGGCUAAGUGCUGAGGAGAGGGACCAGCUGCUGCCAAACCUGAGGGCUGUGGGGUGGAGCGAGCUAGAAGGCCGAGAUGCCAUCUGCAAGCAGUUCCAUUUCAAAGACUUCAACAGGGCUUUUGGCUUUAUGACAAGAGUGGCCCUGCAGGCUGAGAAACUGGACCACCAUCCUGAAUGGUUUAACGUGUACAACAAGGUCCACAUCACCCUGAGCACCCAUGAGUGUGCAGGCCUGUCAGAACGGGACAUAAAUCUGGCCAGCUUCAUCGAACAAGUAGCAGUGUCCAUGACCUAGACCCUGCCUUUCCUCUGAAUUCUUCAGGGAAAGGGUGACUGAACUGGAAUCUGGAGAGAACAGGGGAGCCCCCAAAUGUUGCUGCAGUCAAAACUGCCAAGUCUUCCCUGCUGCCUCCAUUUAGGGGUGAGUCCUGGCUAGAAAGAGAUGACAGCAUCACUGCCAACACCAGGAAUUUGGACCGUUUUCCCCCACCAUGCCCUUCAACACUGGGGCCCUAUUAAAUGUGCACUAAUUUGAGUAAGAUCUUCCCAUUCUUUACAGCUUCCCAGCAACAGUAUUGACUUUCUUUCUAGGCGCCCUUUCUAAUUCAUUUCCCAAGAAGCUGUGAUAGAAGCUGUGUCUAAGACAGACAGAAUCUUAUCUUAGAAACCAGAACCCUAAUGCCAACCCUCUCCUAUGUGAUAGAAACCUCCUAUGUGUGCUUUUAUGCCUCAAAUAAAACUGUUGUUUCACUUGG